GUGUGUGUGUGUGUGUGUUUGUGUUUGUGUUUGUGUGUGUGUGUGUGUGUGAUUUCUGUUUUUGUAGUAAUACAUAAUUGUGCACAUAGAGCUACUGGGGUCAGGCUAGCUGUGAAUAAGGAUACUAAAUAAGGGAUGAGCAGAACCAUUUAUUUUGAUAAAGCGGAUAUUUAGCGAAUUAAGUGGUUUAGUGAUUCAGUAAAUUUGCAUGAACGUUCUGAAGAGAGAACAGGACAAAAUGGCUGCACGUUCUGCAGCAGGGACUGUCUGAAGCUGUGCCCUGAAGAGCCAGGCAGUGUCCUCCGCUCACAGAACAAUCAGCGCUCAUUAGAGAGAUGACACACCGCACACGCGGGAGUCGCACGGGCAUCGUCAUGGCGAUGAGCCGUCACCGUGGCGCCCAGGACACUGUGACUGCGGGGACGAGACGCGGCUGAUAAACCCAACAAAUGGGGCUAAUUGGUUCUCCGUUCCGAAGGAGCGUGGCGGAGUCGUCGUGGAAACGACGUCCUUCAGUUUGUAGUAAUUGUAUAAGAAGUGAAUUUAGGUUUGGUGGCCAGAGUCUGUUCUGUCUGCCUGCAUGUGUUAAUUCAGACUGAGGUCAGCUUUACUGUGUGCGUGCGUGCGUGUGGGGAAGGACAACUAAAAUGCUAAAACCCAGAGCAAGGUAAAAUCAUUCAUUUUCAGGGUCAGCUUUGUACAGUUGCACAUGUAGCUUUUCAUGUGCUAUUUUUCUGGUUUGGCAUUCAUUCCAUUACAUUACAUUCAUUUUUAUACAGAUGGAAUUUGAGCAGGCUGAGGAGCAGACAUUAUAGUAUAUAAUUGAUUGACAGGGGCACUCGAAAAAUAUUUUGGUGGUUAAUACUACAUAUAGCAUAUAGUCAUGAUAAACAAACGAAUAUGCAAGCUGUUCAGUAGUCUAGUUUAUUUCAGUCCUUUGGAAAAAAGUGUAUUAGAUCUGAGGCUGGUGUGGGGGGGGGGGGUAGUCAUAUCAGGUGAUUGUUCUUUGAAAAGGGAACUUCUUGAAAUAGAAAUCACGUAAUGUUAUACAUCUGCUUCAAAAAUAGAUUAACAGCCAAAAAUAAUUUAUUUCUUGUGACCUCCCCGCAAUCCCAAUCAGACAUCGCUGUUCUCCUGAAGCUGCGGUAGUGCUAACAAGCGGCGGCUUUUUCCGCUAACGGCCGAGUUUCCGUUGGUUCUGACUCUGGCCUCGUGGGGUUUUGCCAAGGACAUUUACAGAUUUGUUUUUUCGGUCACGUCGUUUCCCAUCCCUUUGUUCCAUGGGCAGCAGCUCCAGCAGGCUGUAUAGCGCCCUGGCCCAGACGCUGAGCGGCGGUCCCACGGCCCAGGAGGGGGCGCUGGAGCAGGACCUGGGGCAGGAGCCGGAGCGCUGCGACCCAGACCAGCUGCAGAGGGAGUGCCAGGAGGUCCUGCGUCAGCGCCCUCCACGCACACAGCGCUGCUUCACCUCCCCCCGCGGCCCUGCACCCCAGGGCCUGUCCCCAGGGCAGCCCAUCCGCGUCAUGCAGUGGAACAUCCUCGCCCAAGCUCUGGGUGAGGGGAAGGACAGCUUCGUGCGCUGCCCCCCGGAGGCCCUGAACUGGGCCGAGCGCAAGUACCUGAUCCUGGAGGAGAUCCUGACGUACCGGCCCGACAUCCUGUGCCUGCAGGAAGUGGACCACUACUACGACACCUUCCAGCCCGUCCUCCAGAGCCUGGGCUACCACGGCACCUUCUGCCCCAAGCCCUGGUCCCCCUGCCUGGACCUGGAGCGGAACAACGGGCCGGACGGCUGCGCGCUGUUCUUCCGCCGCGAGCGCUUCCAGCUGGAGCACAGCGCCAGCGUGCGCCUGGCGGCCGCCCUGCUGAAGACCAACCAGGUGGCCAUCAUCCAGACGCUGCGUUGCCGGGCGACGGGGCGUGCGCUGUGCGUGGCGGUGACGCACCUGAAGGCCCGGAGCGGCUGGGAGAGGCUGCGGAGCGCCCAGGGCUCCGACCUGCUGCGCUACCUGCAGACGGCCAGCGGGGGGCGCCAGGGCGUGCCGCUGCUGGUGUGCGGCGACUUUAACGCCGAGCCCAGCGAGGACGUGUACCGGCGCUUCGCCGCCUCGGGCCUGGAGCUGGACAGCGCCUACACCCGGCUGAGCCCGGACGGCGCCGAGCCGCCUUACACCACCUGGAAGAUCCGGCCCUCGGGCGAGAGCUGCCACACGCUGGACUACAUCUGGUUCUCACGACUCGCCUUCCGCGUGGAGUCCCUGCUGGAGCUCCCCACCGCUGAACAGAUCGGCCCUGACCGUCUGCCCUCAUACAACUACCCCUCCGACCACCUGUCCCUCAUCUGCGACUUCAGCCUCCUGGACCCGGCCCAGCCAGGGGAGCAGAGCUAGCCUGCUACAGGGGCCCUCUGCUACAGGAACUCUGUUACAGGGGCCUUCUGCUACAGGAACUCUGUUACAGGGGCCCUCUGCUACAGGAACUCUGUUACAGGGGCCCUCUGCUACAGGAACUCUGCUCCAGGAACUCUGCUACAGGGGCCUUCUGCUACAGGAACUCUGCUACAGGGGCCCUCUGCUACAGGGGCCCUCUGCUACAGGAACUCUGCUACAGGGGCCCUCUGCUGCAGGAACUCUGCUACAGGGGCCCUCUGCUACAGGAACUCUGCUACAGGGGCCCUCUGCUACAGGAACUCUGCUACAGGGGCCCUCUGCUACAGGAACUCUGCUACAGGGGCCCCACACUGGGGACUCUGGUACAGGCGCUCUGCUUUUGCACAGGGACCACAGUCUGACUCACCCUUGCGUGUGAAUGUUUUAAUGUUGAAAAUACCUACUUGAUCAUAGCACACAUCACAGCAAAUGUAAUUUUAUUAGGCCACAAAUAACUUCUUUUUCUGUGUGGGGUGUGAAUGUUGUUGGGCAAGAAAAACUCUCCUCUCUGCUUAGGAAGGAGGAACAGUUUUAGGAAGUAUCCAUUUUCAUUUUGCUGUUCACAGUGCAGAUUAAUGGCUUUAAAGUGCUGCUAUAUCAGUUUCACAAGGCCCACCACUGCAUUAAACUGGUACACAUCGCAGUCCAACCAUGAGCAACAAGUCCAAGGACAGAUGUGCAUUGCUCUUGCCAACUAGUAUGUUAAUCUGCUUCCCCUAAAAGCACAAAAGAAAAAUCCAAUACAGGAAACCGGAAGCCAGUAUGCAGUCCACAGCUGUCAUCACAUCUAGCAUGAUUAACUGUGAAUGUACUGUAAAAUGCAAACUGAUGCCAAACUGACAACUUUGCGUUUGUUCAGGUAUAUUAUGCAGAAAACCAUGGAAAAACACAAGGUUUUUAUGCAUCUUUUGCUGGCAAGGGUGCAUUAACUUGCAAGGGAUGGGAAAGAAUGCUGUUGGAGCCAAGCUCAAUAUGUGAAAUAUUGGAUAACGGUUUUCUGAGGCUGAUGGGAAUAGAGGUCCAUUGGGUGUAACAGGGAAAAUGGAUAUUAACCACAAUGUAUCGAACCUGGUUGGAUAAUAUGCAUUAUAAAUGGCCACACAGCUAUGCAAUUUCAUCAUCAGUGUACUUGGGGGUUGGUUGGCUGAAAACCAACACUUGUGUUCUUCAGUUUACAUUAUGAGUUAUACCUACCUCAGUUGUAAGACAUUUUCCAUGCGUGUUGGCCUGUAAAUAUUAAAUAUUUUAUGUAACUGAAUUUAUUAAUAAUUACUGUUUUUGUGUGUGUAAUUUAAUUUCUCCAGUCUGAUUUGUAAAACAAAGUCCUGUUGGG